AUGGAGCAGCGUCAGGGCAUAUUACAUCAGACCACCAUACAGGCAGCCAAGGCGCCACGAAAUACGUAUCAUACCACCAGCGUCGCUGGCCAUAAGAGAGCUUCCUCGGAAGCGGUUCCUCAGCGUACUGCGCCCGGUCAAGCAGCCCAACGGACCGACUUUCACCGAGCGCUGUCUCUCGGUCGGAACGUGCCCAAGUUGAUUGCCAGUGCAAUUACCUUGACCGAUCACGGGCAGCAGCAGCUUUCCGAGAUAUCGGAAUACUCUCAGCGAAGAGUAAUCUCUGCCACGCCUACUUCAACGGUUGAUAGGUCGUUGCUUUUGUCAUUUUCUAGAUAUGGCCUGCCAGCUGCACUAGUCAGCAAUUUUGCUGCACUGGGCAUCAAAGAAAUAUAUCCAUGGCAGAAACACUGCCUCAUGGGUCCCGGUCUCCUGGACGGGUCCAAGAACCUGGUUUACACCGCGCCCACCGGCGGUGGAAAGUCCCUAGUUGCUGAUGUGCUGAUGCUGAAACGAGUCUUGGAGGACCAAAAUGCCAAAGCACUCUUAAUCUUGCCGUAUGUGGCCCUCGUUCAGGAAAAGGUUCGAUGGCUGCGCAAGGUUGUGCAAAAUAUCCAUCGUAAACCCCCAGGUGCAGACAAGGAGACCAAGGAACCAGGACUUUGGCGGCGACGAGCUGAUGAAGACACUGUGCGAAUUGUUGGUUUCUUUGGCGGCGGAAAAAUAAGGGCUACUUGGGCAGAUUUUGACAUUGCGGUUUGCACUUUUGAAAAGGCCAAUACUCUCAUCAACACGGCCAUCGAUGACUGCUCCAUAUCGAAACUACGGGCUGUUGUGUUGGACGAAUUACACAUGGUUGAUGACGACCAUCGAGGGUAUCUUCUUGAGCUUACAGCCACAAAACUUCUAAGCCUUGGACAUGACGUCCAGAUAAUUGGCAUGAGUGCGACGUUACCUAAUGUUGUCGUCCUUGCGGAAUGGCUAAAUGCCCACAGCUAUCAGACAAUGUACCGUCCUGUGCCAAUAAAUGAACACCUCGUGUUCGAGUCCAAUAUUUACGCCGCUUCAUCGACAAGCUCAAUGUUGAAAGCAGCCACACAGCUCAAAGCAGACUCUAAACUAACACAAACGUCAAGCUCACCUAUUCGAAUCAUACAACCCUCACAGCAUAAAGAGUUGCAAGAUACUGUGCUGAAUUCUGUGGUUGCUCUGACAGAUGAGACCGUAAGGGCAGGUUUCGGCGUCUUGAUCUUCUGUAGCAGUCGCGUAGGCUGCGAGACAGAUGCCAAGAUAGUCGCCCGCGUGUUGCCAGCCCCUGAAGAGAUUGGUGAUAGAGCCGCAGAGAAGCGGGCUGAUCUACUGGCUGAUCUAAGAAGUCUCCCGUCGGGACUUGACCCCGUACUAGCAGAAACCGUUCCUGCCGGUGUUGCAUUUCAUCAUGCGGGCUUAACCACUGAAGAACGUGACUUGAUUGCGGAUGCGUACGAUUGUGGUACUUUGAAAGUAAUCGUCGCAACAUGCAGCUUGGCCGCAGGCAUUAAUUUACCAGCUCGAAGGGUAAUCCUUCACAACGCUCGGAUGGGAAGGGAUCUUGUCGGACCUUCGAUGCUUCGACAAAUGCGUGGCCGGGCUGGUAGAAAAGGCAAAGACGAGGUUGGAGAGACUUUCCUUUGCUGUCGUAAAAACGACCUCGAAGAUGUAGUCGAGCUCAUGCAUGCCGAUCUGCCCCAAAUUUCAAGCGGGCUACUAACAGACAAACAUAGAAUACAACGGGCUAUUCUGGAGGCGAUUGCGAUUAAAUUGGCCACGAGUUCAGUCUCUAUCGAUGAUUACAUGCAAAAGACGCUCCUCAGCUUAACUGCCGCACCAACGGCGAUCCAGGAGCAUGUGCAAUCUAGUCUUGCGGACUUGACUGAUAUGGGCUUUAUAGUUCCAGACCAGUCCGGGGGCUUUGAAGCCACCCAGCUUGGUAGAGCCGUUGUAGCGUCAGCUCUAGAACCGGAGGACGGUGCCUUUGUUCACCGUGAGCUACAGCGCGCCCUCAGAGCUUUUGUGAUGGAUGGCGAAAUGCACAUUCUUUACACAUUCACUCCUGUGCAGGACUUCUCCAUGACUGUCAACUGGCAGGUCUUCCGCAAUGAAAUGGAUACCCUGGACGAAAGUGGGAUGCGCGUCCUGACCUUUCUCGGGCUGAAGCCCACCGUCAUCAAUCGAAUGGCCCAAGGCGGCAAAAUGAAGGAAAACACCCCUGAAGAGCGAGAAUUGUCCAGAAUUUAUUCUCGAUUUUAUCUAGCCCUGCAGCUGCGGGAUCUCUGCAACGAGAGCCCCGUUCAUGCAGUGGCCCGAAAAUAUGAUGUGCCUCGAGGGAGCGUGCAGACCCUUGCACAGACCUGCCAGGGCUUCGCUGCUGGUAUGGUCAAAUUUUGCGAUGGUAUGGGCUGGGGGAUGAUGGCAGCUGCGCUUGAUCACGUUGCAGAUAGAUUAAAGGCGGGCGCAAAGGCGGAUCUCCUUGAGCUUGCUAGAAUCACCUUUGUCAAGAGUCGAACAGCUCGAGUGUUUUACGAUAAUGGCUUCAAAUCUGUUGCAAGUAUUGCCAAUGCAGAUCCAAUGGAGCUCGUGCCCAUAUUGAUGCAGGCACAACCUACAAAAGUAAGGCUCCAGUCCAAGGAUGAAGUCAAGUAUGAAGAAAAGCUUCUGGCCAAAGCCAAGGUCAUUGCCGAUUCAGCCAACCGGCUCUGGCAACUUCAGAUGCAACAAGAGAUCAGCGAGGAAUAA